UCACACUGCUAAGCAUAUGUUCAAGUCUCAAAGUUUUGCGGAGAAUAUGUCAGCGGCGCGUCGGUAAAAAUAGCAAUUGCUGUCGUUAGGCGAGUUCUCGUUGAUGUGCCGUGGGAAAAGCCAAUUCCCCGCCCCCAGUGCGGCCCCGAAAAGAGUGUCCCAAUGUGCGAAGCGGCCCCGGCCGAGCCGAUAGCCAGUGACGAAAGAGCAUAGUAAAUCAAAGUUCAAGACGCCGCAGCAAUUACAAUGAGUGUCUCGCGGGGCGGCAGCACAACGCUCGACCUGCAGCCGCUGCUGGACGGUAGUCAGCGCGAUGACGACGAGCCGGAAGCCGCGUUAGCCGGUGGCGGGGCGCAGCUAAACGGCUCCGGAUCCAAGGAAUUGAGCCACCGGGAGCGCGAGGAUUCGGCUGUGUUUGUUAAGAAGAUUGGCAGCGCCCUCUUCUACGGCAUCUCCUCGUUCAUGAUCACGGUGGUGAACAAGACGGUGCUCACCUCGUAUCACUUUCCCUCGUUCCUGUUCCUCAGCCUGGGCCAGCUCACCGCCAGCAUCGUGGUGCUGGACAUGGGCAAGCGGCUGAAGCUUGUCUCCUACCCGCCGCUGCAACGGAAUACCUUCGCCAAGAUCUUCCCGCUGCCGCUCAUCUUCCUGGGCAACAUGAUAUUCGGCCUGGGCGGCACCCAGUCGCUGAGUCUGCCCAUGUUUGCGGCCCUGCGGCGGUUCUCCAUCCUGAUGACCAUGCUGCUGGAGCUGAAGAUACUUGGUCUGCGUCCAUCGACGGCGGUCCAGGUCAGCGUGUACGCCAUGAUCGGCGGCGCCCUUUUGGCCGCCUCCGACGACUUGUCGUUCAACAUGCGCGGCUACAUCUACGUGAUGAUCACCAAUGCGAUGACGGCCUCGAACGGGGUGUAUGUGAAAAAGAAGCUGGAUACCUCUGAGAUCGGGAAGUACGGCCUGAUGUACUACAACUCGCUGUUUAUGUUCCUGCCGGCACUGCUCCUGAACUACGUCAGCGGGGAUCUGGAGCAGGCGCUGAACUACUCGCAGUGGAACGACCCCGUGUUCGUGCUUCAGUUCCUGCUCAGCUGCGUGAUGGGUUUCAUCUUGUCAUACAGCACCAUCCUGUGCACGCAGUUCAACUCUGCGCUGACUACCACCAUUGUGGGUUGCCUAAAGAACAUAUGCGUGACGUAUCUGGGGAUGUUCAUCGGCGGCGACUACGUCUUCUCGUGGCUUAACUGCAUCGGGAUCAACAUCAGCGUGCUGGCUAGUCUGCUCUACACAUACGUCACCUUCCGGCGGAAGCGGGCGCCCGAUAAGCAGGCCCACUUGCCCAGCAGCACUCGCGGCGAGAAUGUCUAGCUUCGCACUGUCUUAGCUCAAGCACAAGCCAAAGCCAUACGAUAUGUUUAGAGUAUUCCGUACACCGUAUUCCGUGCGUAUUCGAUUUCCUAUAGGCACACAGGCACCCACAGCGCGUCGUCUCUGUACAUAAGUAUCUAUAAGUGUGCAAUUUAGCAAAUAUGUAAUUUUAAUCGCUUUGUAUAUUGUCCGCAUGCAACUGUUUCCUGCAUCGAAAGUGUCAUAAGUAAUAGAAAUACACAGACAUCCAGCUCCUCCUUGGGACGAAAUAGACGAGAUAACCGAUUA